AGGGAUCUUGGGAUCCAUGUCCAUAGAUCCUCAAAGUUGCCACCUAAGUUGAUAGAGUUGUUAAGAAGGAUUCCAGAAGUGUGGUCGAAAAAUAUUGCAUUUUUCCUUAAUAAGAAGUUGGAUGGAGAAACCUUGGAGUCAAUUCUGGAACAUGACACAUGACACAUAUGAAACAAAACCCUGUAACAAACUGUCAUGCUACACCAGAUCUGUACGAUAAUGUCAAUGGCAGAUUUUAUAGAGAUGAACGAAUGGCUUGACUCCAUCUGCCAGGAGAAAAUGGCAGACUUCCCUCUGAUGUUUGUCUCUGAUGUUGUUGACAUCCCUACCUCCCCAAGCAUCCAGGAAUUUGAAGAUGCUGAAAAUAUUGCAGCAUUUACAGUGCAGGAGAGAGAGAGAGAGAGAGAGAGUGAGAGAACCUGCACAGUUACCGCCUUUGCUGUUUGAUUUCGUGUAUCGCUGGAUAUCAGAGUGCAUCUGGGAAAAUUAACAACCAGUGAAAUUCACAACUAAUCUUGGAGGAACUGUUGGGCAAAGUUCACAGCACAGAAUCGGAUAAAAAUUCCACGAUGGAAAACAGUGAAGAACCGAUGACAUACUUUCAACACAAUGGCAUCAUAUUCUGUUCACCGUUACACACAGUUGAGCGACUUGAAUGGCUGAAAGAUUUCACCAUAGAUCCAAAUAUUCCAGUCAUUAUCACUUACCCCAAAUCUGGAACAACUUGGAUACAGCAGGUCAUAAGUCUGAUUUUAUGCAAUGACAAUGAUUCUAAAAAAGAGAUGAACCUCUAUAAGAGAGCCCCGUGGAUGGAGAUUAUGAUAUGCAAGCCUGAAAUCAAAGAUUAUCAGAUGUUGACAACACAUUUAAACUACCAAAUGGUGCCAAAAUGUUUGAAAAACAAAAAAUUCAAGAUCAUUUAUGUCACUAGAAAUCCCAAGGAUGUGAUUGUGUCUUCAUAUCACUUUCACAAAUAUGGCCGUUUCUUGGAGGCACCAAAGGAUUUUCAAGAUUUCUUGGAGAAAUUUGUUGAAGGAAAUGUGUUAUGUGGAUCUUGGUUUGAACAUAUCAGAGACUGGCACAGUCAUAAAGAUGAACUCAACAUCUUGUUUGUGGCAUAUGAGGAUAUGAAAAAUGAUCUCCGGAGUGUGGUACAAAAAGUUGCAUCUUUUCUGAAUAAAAAAUUGGACGAAGAAACCUUGGAGUCAAUUUUGAAUCAAUGCACAUUUAAAUAUAUGAAAGAAAACCCUAGAACAAACUACAAAGAUCUUGCAGAGCUGUUCAAUACAGAGAGUGGGUCUUUCUUUAGAAAAGGAAUUACUGGAGACUGGAAGAAUCACUUUCUUGUGUCUCAGAAUGAGUGGUUUGAUUCCAUCUACCAGGAGAAAAUGGGAGACUUCCCUCUGAAGUUUGACAAUAUGUGACUGAUUAGACUUCAUUCCCAAAUAAUUUGUCAUUUUGAGAUUGCAAACUGCGUGAUUCUCUAAUAAAUUUCUAUCGAGCUUUUCCUGAUA